AUGGUACCGACACCUCAAGAGCUAGCUGUAUCUCAGUACGAAAGGGAGGAAUACCUCAAAUCCGGAGAAAGAAUUGUUAUUUCCGGAAUGUCAGGUCUCUUUCCUGAUUCCAACCAUGUAAAGGAUCUUGCUGACAUUUUAUAUAACAAGAAAAAUCCUGUUUCAUCGAAUCCACGGUGGAACUAUAAUCACCCUGAAGUCGCACAAUAUGCUGGCCGAAUACCAGAUUUGGAUCUGUUUGAUGCCCAGUUCUUCAAGGUUCACUAUCGUCUGGGACACACAAUGGACCCGAUGGCUCGCAAGGUUCUUGAACAAGCAUACCAAGCGAUAUACGAUGCGGGUGUGAACCCGGAACAUUUCUCAGGAAAAAAAGUUGGAGUGUACAUAGGCACUUGUUUUUCUGAAACUGAGAAGACUUGCUUCUACAAGUCACGAUCUGCAAAUGGGCUCGGUAUCGCUGGAUGCAAUAAAUCAAUGUUCGCAAAUCGCAUAUCCUACUGGCUAAAUGUCAAGGGGCCAUCGAUGACUAUCGACUCGUCCUGCUGCAGCUCUAUUACGGCUCUGGAACAAGCUUACCUCGCGAUGACCCGUGGAGAGUGUGAGGCAGCUAUUGUUGGCAGUGGAAAUGUUUGUUUGCAUCCUCAAGUACCGGUGCAUUAUGGAAGGAUUGUGACCAUUAGUGAGGAUGGUAAAACCAAAUCUUUCGACGAGAAUGCGUCUGGUUGCGUAAAAACUGAAGCUAUUAAUGUUUUGUUUCUCCAGAAGGCUAAGGAUGCUUUGCGAAUCUACGCCGAUGUUGUCCACGUAAAAUGCGAGUAUCAACGCCUUAUGGAAGGCAAAACAGGUUCCAAAUUUGGAUUCUUUCGCGAUCCUGUGAAGUUGUCUGAAUUUUUAAAAAACUUUUACGAAGAAUCAAAAGUACCACCUCAGGCUAUUGAAUACGUUGAAGCAUUUGGUUCAGCUGUACCUGAAGCUGAUAAAAGUGAAUUAGAGGCGAUUGAUGCUGUAUUUUGCAAGGAUAGAAAAAAACAACUUCUUGUCGGUAGUGUUAUGUCUAAUAUUGGCUAUGGUGAAGCCGCAUCUGGAAUUUCUGCGGUUAUAAAGGUUCUUUUGGGGUACCACAAAGGCGAGUUGGCAGCAAAUCUAUUCUGUGAAACGCCAAGACGUGAUGUUGAAGCGUUGCGUGAAGGACGCAUGCGCAUCGUUACCGAGCAUCAACCAUUUGGCCGUACCUAUACUGCCGUAAAUGGCUUAUCUCUUACUGGAAUCAAUUCCCAUACACUCUUAUAUGGUCAUUACAAACCUAAGGAUUUAUCUCGAUACAAGUCAAACAUACCGCACUUAGUAACAAUUUCUGCGCGCCAAGACUCAUCGGUUCAGAAAAUUCUAGACGAUUUAAAAUCCCGACCUAUCGAUCCUGAAGAGCUUGCGUUAUUGCAUAACAUCCAUCAGACAAAAAUUUCUGGUCAUAUGGGCAGGGGAUUUACUAUAUUAGAUACAAACGCAGACCAGCAGACAGUAAGCCUAUGUGAAAAAGUGGAUUAUUUUGACAACGCAAAAAGACCUCUGUGGUUUGUUUAA